UUGCAUCGCAAUAUUGCUGCAGGUUUUAUUUUGCGCACUGAACAACUAUGGCGUCGAACAGUGACGGGGUAGCUACCUUGCUAAAAAGGUUUGCGUCUCGGGUUCUGUGUACCAAGAGAGAAGAACGAUGUCAAAUUUUGUCGGAAGUUCGGGACGGAGUGUCUAUGGGAGCUGUGCCAGAAGGUGCUGUGAAGGGGAUAUGCCGCAUUCUGAUUCAGACAAUCCCAGUAUAUAAAGACCGGGCAUCACGAAAAGCGGUCCUUUCAGUUAUUGCUGCUUUGGGCGAGAAACACAGAGAUGCCAGCAUAAAGUCACUGACAGACAUCAUCAGCUCAUUUACAGUGGGACUAAAGAGUGUCUCAUGUGGGAGAGGAACAGGGGCUCAUCCUUAUGUGAUGCUAUGUUGGACAUGUACACUGUUCAGGCAAGCCUUCACAUCUAGCCAACAACGAUCUGGUAAUGAGUGGAAACAGUUGGUGGAUGCCCAAGGAAAUUUGGUGUCAGCUAUCCUAGCCUGUUCAAGGAAGUCUAUUCAUGCUUGUGGGUAUGCCAAGAUGAAGAGUACAUGGAAAGAAGUUGAAGGUCUAUGGGAGAGUUCAUUGGACACAGCAAUGCAGCUAGAAGGAUCAAGCCACGCCCUCUGUCUGAUUGGAUGGUUGCUAAGAUACGCUACAGAGACGAAGAACACAGAGGCCAUAGCCAAUAAGAAGAAAGCUCUCUUAGACUCUUACAUCAAGAAGAUCUUGGGUGGAAAGGCCAAACCGUCAGAACACAGCCUGGAUGUUAGUAAGUGGUUGCUACAGCACCUCACCCAUCCUGAGUUUGAAGGUCACAUCUUACCAGCCAUAAACAAAGGAAUGCUGAGAUGCCCAGAAAAUGUUGUUCAAGCUGUGAGCUACACCAUCGCUGGAGUGUCUUUGGACCUGAGUCAAUACGUCACAGAGUUGGGCAAAAACAUUGCAACUCAACUCCAUGCGAAAGAUGAAACUCUUCGCCAGGAAGCAGUAUCGGCAGCCGAGAAUCUUGCAUUGCAGUGUAGUGAUCCCACUGCCAUUGAAAGUCUUGCUAAACACUUCUUUACUGUAUUAGGAGGAUCCGAAGGCAAGCUGACGGUGGUAGCAGAGAGGAUUGGGGUUCUGUCAGCGAUAGGGGGUCUUAGUGUGAAUGGGGUCAGUGGAAUGAAUUCUGUUCAGGGCCUGGUCUCAUCCAUCCUGACACUCUUCAUACCUUACCUGCAACAAGAGGCCCAUGAAGGAGCGAUGGUUCAUGGUUUGGCCGUGCUAUCCAGAUGGUGCUCCAUGUCCUCUACAGAACUUCCUGCCAAGCUGAUCCAGUGGUUCCAGAAGGCCAUGACUCAGAAGCAGUCAACGGCCGCUACCAGGAAUGGAUGCAUCGGGGUGAUGCUGAAGUCCCUCAAGGGAGACACCUUGAUUCAUGGAUUGGAGAUCAUCCCUCAACUGAAAUCAUCAGUAGAGAAAGCUCAACAGCAGCCUAACCAAGUUGCUAUGGUAACAGAAGGUCUGUCAGCUGCAUGCCUACUGGUGAGGUUGUCUACAUCUGAUGUACAAGCAGAAAAUAAAGUGAGCUUUCUUUGGCCUGUUAUUCUUGAUGAGAAGAAACAGCUGUUUACAUCAGAGAAGUUCCUUUCAGUUGCAGGAGAAGACGCCCUCCUGACCCUAGUUGAGAUGACUGAAAGGCUGCUGACAGAUCAUGCGCAGUUGUUCAAGACAGGAGCAGAAAGGUUAUACCACAGAGCUCUAGUGACAUGUCUUAUCCAUUCCAAAUGGCGGGUGAGGAAAGCUGCCAAACAGACAAUCAGAAAACUUCUCUCCACUCCCUCAUUAGCCAUCAAACUUUCUCUCAAACUCCUUCAGGAAUUCAGACCUCUGCUUGCUGCACAGAAGCCAUUAGAAAGCUAUUCAGAGAGUGCUACAGCUGAUGACACAGGGAGGGUGAGACCAGAGGUGCUAGUCUCCUGUGUCCAGUCUCUUGUACCGGAUACCAAAGAGGAAGAUGAGAUUCCUUCAUCAGAGAUGAUAGAUCUAGCUGUCAACUCUCUUCUUAUUGACGCACAUCAUCCAAUCAUAGCUGCAGCUAAGCCUUCCCUAUGGGGUGAUCUCGUCUCUGGUCUCAUUCCUGAUCUAUCUUCAUUCAUAUCAGAAUGCCAAGGGGAUAUCUUGUCUCUUUUAAUGGAAAAGGAGAAAGCUUCUGAGGCCGCCCAGAAUGCCAUGAAGAGUUUAGCCUUCAUUGCUCCACAACACAUACUACCUCCUUUCAUCAAUCAAUUCGUCAGUUGUCUUGGCAACCCAGGAUUUGUGGGUAUCACGUUGGAGGAGUUUGCCAUUUAUCGGACACCAGAGGGUGUCCUCUACGAUCAGUCAGUGAUUGAAAAGAAUGCUGAGAAGCUUGACAAAGGUUCCAUGAAACGAGAGAACAAGGCAUACUCCUACAAGGAACAACUCAUGGAGAUUGAACUCAGAGAGGAGAUUGAGAGAGAGCGAGCCAAGAAGGGUAUCAAGACAGAAGUCAAACUGACCAAAAAGCAGGAAGAGGCCAAGAAACUACAGCUAGCCAAGGAGAGGGAUAUCAGGAAGAAACUACAGGAGCUGAAUGACGAGAUUGAGCCUGCAGCCAAGCUCCUAGUGGCUGCCAUCAAAGGCAACCCUUAUGGCCUGAGGAAACACAUUCCUACUCUCAUCAAUAACCUCUUCACGCUCUCAGAUUCACCCAUCGCUUCCCGGUACCUGGCUGAGGUCUACCUAGCCCUUGCUGAUUGUGCCUUUGAGGCUGACCAGAGAACUCUAGGUGACAUAGUCUCAUACUGCACUCUGCGCCUGAGCAAACCAGCUUGCUCCAUCCCUGACAAGUGGUGUCAGAUGAAGCUCUCAUCCAUGGUGACCGUCACCAUCCAAAAACUCCAUGGUGGGAGGGAUGACAUUGAGCAGGAUGGAGAUGAUGAUGAUGAUGACUACCUCCUGACAAGCUCUGCUACUGUGUUCCCGGCACCCUCGUUUGCAUAUUUCUUCCGCCUACUCCACCAGGUUCUGUAUGACGGUGGAACGGUCGUGAAGAAGGAUGAGAAGAUAGUAGAGAAGGCGCUGUCUAUUCUCUCAUCUCAUUGCAAUCUGAAGAGUGAUAUGGAUGAUGAAAGCGAUGAAAUUGAUGAGAGAGGACCAGAGCUUCUACCACGCCACAAGAUGCUAUCCCUCCUCUUCCGACUGAUCGGUAUCGGAGGGGUCCAACAGCAGAGGGUUGCUUCCGAUGCGGUGGUGGAGCUAUGCCGUAGUGCCAGUGGAGAUAUGGGAUGUGCCGUGGCGGAAACCGAUGAGAUUGAUGUCAUUCUCCAAGCCAUGACCAGCCCUGUGCUGGAAGUCAGGGUAGCUGCUCUCAAGGGCCUUCGAGAGCUGCUGCUGAUCCUCCCACCUCAGGAUUCGGAAGAACCUCAGGGGAUGAGAAUUGCUCAGAGGAUCUGGUGUGCUAGGAAAGAUUUUGAGAUCGAAGUGCGGACGUUAGCAGACGAAGUUUGGACAGAUGGUAACUUCACUGGUUCUCCGGAGCUGUGUACAAUGCUUCUUGAUGAUGUCAUCCACGAUGUAGCUGUCAUCAGACAGAGCAGUGCUGCUGCUCUCUCCGCCAUCUUGGCCGAGAAUCCUGAUGAAUUGGAUAAGGUCAUGGAUGUCCUUUUCAAGAAAUAUCAAGAAAAACUUGUGAUUCCUCCCCCAGUCUUGGACACCCUUGGCAGGGUUAUCGCUGAGUCUCCACCAGACCAGUACGAGGCACGCUGCGGCAUUGCCAUGGCCCUAUCGGAGAUUGCCCCUCACCUGCUGAUGCGUCAUGUUCCAGAGCUCUUCAGGUUUCUGGUGCCCAAAGGCCUAGGGGAUCGUAACGCCGAGGUCCAGAAAGAGAUGCUCAAUGCUGGCAUGGCGGCCAUCAUCCAACAAGGAAAGCCAAACGUUGGGACACUUCUUCCUGUCUUUGAGAAGUUCAUGGAUGAAGCACCAGACUCGUCAUCUUAUGACACUGUCCGACAGAGCGUCAUUAUUCUCAUGGGAUCUCUAGCCCGCCAUCUUGAGAAAGAUGACCCCAAAGUCAAACCCAUUGUCGGAAAACUGAUUGAAGCGCUAAGCACACCUUCACAGCCGGUCCAAGAAGCAGUAGCCAACUGUCUUCCACCCUUAGUCCCAGCCAUUAAGACCGAUGCACCAGGAAUUGUCCAAGAACUAUUGCGUCUACUGCUAGAAUCUGAGAACUACGGUGAGAGGAAGGGUGCAGCGUAUGGCCUGGCUGGCAUGGUGAAGGGACUAGGUAUCUUGUCUCUGAAGCAGCUUGAGAUCAUGUCAACGUUGCAGAGUGCCAUCCAGGAUAAGAAGAACUUCAGGAAGAGAGAAGGAGCCUUAUUUGCCUUUGAGAUGUUAUGUAGCAUGCUUGGUCGUCUCUUUGAACCUUAUGUUGUUCAUGUUAUCCCUCAUCUACUUCUCUGCUUUGGGGAUGGUAACGCGUAUGUCAGGGAAGCUACCGAUGAUACAUCCAGAGCUGUGAUGAGCAAACUGAGCGGGCAUGGUGUUAAACUAGUCCUACCAUCACUCCUUGCAGCAUUAGAAGAAGAUUCCUGGAGAACUAAAGCAGGAUCCGUUGAGCUCCUUGGUAACAUGGCAUACUGUGCUCCGAAGCAGCUCUCAUCGUGUCUACCAAGCAUUGUCCCCAAGCUUACUGAGGUCUUGACAGACUCACAUGCUAAGGUCCAGAAGACUGGAGCCCAGGCUCUCAAACAAAUCGGCAGCGUCAUUCGCAAUCCUGAGAUUCAGGCUAUUGUACCAAACCUUCUUGAGGCACUGUCUGACCCAUCCCGUCAAACGGCCAGCUGUCUCAAGACUCUCCUGGACACCAAGUUUGUCCACUUCAUCGAUGCACCAUCACUUGCUCUCAUCAUGCCAGUAGUUCAAAGGUCAUUCCAGGACAGGUCAACGGAGACCAAGAAGAUGGCAUGCCAGAUCAUUGGGAAUAUGUACUCCCUGACUGACCAAAAGGACCUUGCUCCGUACCUUCCCUCAGUGAUGCCCGGGCUGAAGUCUUCUCUGCUUGAUCCUGUACCUGAAGUGAGGAGGGUUUCGGCCAGAGCCCUGGGGGCCAUGGUCAAAGGGAUGGGUGAAAGUAGUUUUGAUGAUCUGCUGCCUUGGUUGAUGGAGAAGCUCACCUCGGAACAGAACUCUGUGGAUCGGUCAGGAGCAGCACAGGGUCUCAGUGAAGUAAUAGCAGGAAUGGGCCUCCAGAAACUAGAGAAGUUCAUGCCUGACCUUGUCAAGACUGCAGAAGCUCCUGACAUAGCAUCACACAUCAGGGAUGGUUACAUCAUGAUGUUCAUCUAUCUUCCUGGAACGUUUGGAGACAAGUUUGCUCCCUUCGUUGGACCCAUCAUCUCACCCCUUCUCAUGGCCUUGGCCGAUGAAAGCGAGUAUGUCCGAGAUACUGCCCUUCGUGCCGGUCAGCGCAUCAUCAACCUCUAUGCCGAGACGGCCGUCAACGUCUUCCUCCCGGAGCUGGAGAAAGGUUUGUUUGAUGAUAACUGGAGGAUAAGAUACAGUUCCGUUCAGCUUCUGGGUGAUCUGCUCUACCGAAUCUCUGGUGUCACUGGCAAGAUGACAACUGUUGGUGAUGAAGAUGAUAACUUUGGCACAGAACAUUCCACUAAGGCUAUCAUCAACAUCCUUGGAGCAGAGAGGAGGAACCGUGUCCUGGCUGGUCUCUACAUGGGACGAUCGGACACGGCCCUCAUGGUCCGCCAAGCAGCUCUUCACGUCUGGAAGGUGGUGGUCGUCAAUACCCCAAGAACUCUCAAAGACAUCCUUUCGACCCUCUUCACCCUUCUUCUAGGAUGUCUGGCCAGCACCAGCUAUGACAAGAGACAGGUUGCCGCACGGACGUUGGGUGAUCUAGUCCGCAAGCUAGGUGACCGUGUCUUGCCAGAGAUGAUCCCAGUCUUAGAGAAGGGUCUGGACUCGACGCAGAGUGACCAGAGACAAGGUGUCUGUAUUGGUUUGAGUGAAAUCAUCAGCUCUACAAGCAGAGAACAGGUUCUGACAUAUGUUGAGAGUCUGGUGACAACAGUGAAGAGAGCAUUGUGUGAUCCGUUGCUUGAAGUCAGAGAGGCUGCUGCAAGGACAUUUGACAGUCUUCAUAGUUCUAUUGGUCACAAGGCUCUUGAAGAGAUAUUACCGGAACUUCUCUCAAAGUUGACUGAUGAGGAGAAAGGGGAGUUUGCAUUGGAUGGGCUCAAACAGGUCAUGGCAGUCAAGAAUAGAGUUGUCCUACCAUUCCUUAUACCAAAAUUGAUCCAGCCUCCAGUAAACACCGGUGUCCUGGCCAUCCUAUCAGAGGUUGCUGGAGAUUCACUCACCAAACACCUAGCCAAGAUCCUCAAUGCUCUCAUGUCGGCUGUGGAGGAUUGCAUAGGAACAGACAGAGAACAAGAGGCUCUGAAGCACUGCCAGACUGUGGUCCUCUCAGUGCAGGACCAUCAAGGUCAACAGACCAUCAUAGAUGAACUCCUCCAGAAGCUCAAGGGAGACAAUGCAGGACUGCGGCUGGCUUCGUCCACCCUGCUUCAGGUCUACUGCAGCAAGACCAGCUGCAGCUACGCAGAUUAUGUACCUCAACUACAGAGGGCGCUCAUCCAGUCGUUCAACGAUCCUGAAACCAGGGUGUUGGAGAUGAGCUGGGAGGCCCUCAAUGCUGUGACAAAGAGCUUGAGUGCAGCAGAGCAGAUGGGUCAUAUUGGAUCUGUACGUCUUGCUGUGCGGUACGCUGCUGAGGAUUGCAAACAGGAUGAACUACCUGGCUUCUGCCUUCCAAAGAAGGGUAUCACCCCAGUCCUUCCAUACUUCCGUGAAGGCAUCCUCUCAGGGUCACCGGAGGUCAAGGAGCAAGCCGCCCUGGGGUUAGGUGAGGUCAUUCAACGGACCAGCAUCACAGCCCUCAAACCUCAGGUAGUAGCCAUCACUGGACCUCUGAUCCGUGUCCUGGGUGACCGCUUCGCUUGGAACGUCAAGGUGGCCAUCCUACAGACCUUAGGGCUGCUCAUCGCUAAAGUUGGUGUGCUACUGAAAGCUUUCCUGCCACAGCUUCAAACCACGUUCAUCCGAGGCUUGACCGAUGCUAACAGGGCGGUCAGGUUAGAAGCAGCAGCAGCCCUCGGGAAGCUGGUGGUCAUACAUGCCAAGGUGGAUCCUCUUUUCACAGAGCUUCAUAAUGGCAUCAAGAAUACUGACAAUGAUACAGGUGUUAGGGAGACAAUGCUACAAGCUUUAAGAGGGGCAAUUACGGGUGCUGGGACCAAGAUUGGUGAUACUAACAAGAAAGCUCUCCUGACAACUCUCAUCAGUAAUCUUUCAUCAUCAGAGAAUAAUAUUAGGAUAUCAUCAGCAGGGUGUUUAGGGGCAUUGUGUAAAUUCUUUAGUGAUGAAGAUCUUGAAGACAUCCUCAACAGUAGACUACUCGUAAAUGAACCGAAUCAGAACUGGAUGCUGCAUCAUAGUUGCGCCCUCGCUCUGUCAGUCAUGCUCAGAGACACACCAGAGAGAGUGACGGGUGAUGGUAGAUCGGCAAAGGUUCUUGAUGUCAUGAUCAAGAAUUCAUUGAAUGACAGGAUACCUGUUUGUGUAGCUGGUGUUCGAGGUAUGGGCUUCUAUCUAAAACACUGUGUUGCGACUGGUGUACAGGUCCCGCAGUCCCUCAUCUCUGCUAUGGUCAAGUGUUUCAACCACUCAUCCAAUGAUGUCAAAAUGGCCAUUGCUCAGAUGAUCUGCCAUGUUGCCAUGACAACAGAAUCACCUCUGGACAUGUCAAUCGUACGAGGGAUACUGGUAGUCUUGGUCAGCAAUACGAAAGACAAGAACACGGCCGUACAGGCUGACAGCGAAUGGGCGUUGGUUGCACUUCUUAGGCUAAAACAUGGAGAUGAAUUUUUACAGGAGGUGAUGAAAACCCUUGACUCAGUCCCAGCUUCCAACCUCAAUGAUUGCCUCAAGAGAUUACGGAAAGUUGCGGCACAGAACUUCCCAAAAAUAGAUAUCGAUGAAACUGUCUUGCGCUGAUAUUUUCCAAGAUGGUAGUCUUACAUUUUAUCAGGACGUUAUUUAGUUUCUUUUUUAAUUCUUCGUUUGGAAGGACUGAAUUGACAGUGGAGUACUGCUGUUCAUGGCCAAUAUCAGUAUGAUAUCCUUAGGAUAUUUUCAUGACUGGUGAACAUGUACUAGAUAGACUGUCUGUCCUAUACUUUCAUAUAAUUCUUGUCCUGCUGCUAUUCAUUUCUCACAUAUGGAAUAGACUUGAUGAGAAAUAUAGGACAGCAUAGCUUGUUAGGGGAUGAUAACAUGCCCACUUCGGAGCAUUCAGAUUGUUCCGAUGCUGUUCCAAAGUAAUGUUUGAAAGUUGUUUUUCAUCUGGACAUUGCCCACAAAGAGAAGGCUCGAUAGAGUUCCCCCAAUCAUUGUAAAAUUUGACUUUUGUGCUUUAAAAGGGAAAAUUACACCAAAAUUGUGUUCAGGGGCCUGUUGCAUAAAUCCUAGCAUGAUUGGUAACAAGAGCAUUUGCAGAUAAAAUGCAUUUGAAUUAGAAUUUGAAAACUACAGACUUGAAAUGAGGUGACUGGUUUUUUUUUACAAACCAGUCUGAAGAAUUUUCUGAAUGUUUACGAGUCACAUAACCGAUAUACAUCAUCAGCAUUUAAAGAUUGUGUAUUACAACAAAUCACAGGGUCUGAUUAUGGACAGCCAAGCUUCUGGAAAAUUGAUGAUAUUUUGACAAAGGUUUUCUUCUUCUCACCAUUUUUAAUCAAUUUAUCUUGUUAACCAGUUUUUGCCACAUAAAAAUAAAUCAAGAGUUGUAUGGUGCAAUUGUCAAUGAGAAUAUUUGUGAUAUAUUUUUAUGUGUUUCAAUUCAACCAGGAUCAAUCAUGGAUCGUCAUGUUUAGCUCAAUAUUUUGGGAAAUAUUCUUCAUUUUUGUGUACAAAUAUUACAAUUUUAUGGGAAAUGUUUCAAAAUAGAAUUGAAAUAUUUCAUAAGUUGGACGCAUCAGAAAGUAAUAGAUAAUGUGCUCGAAAUUAAUUUAGUCUUUUGUCUUUUAAUCAUGAUGUUUCUUAUUUUUGCCCCCAAAUCAUUAACAUUGUUGGUUAAUGACAAUAGUCUUAUUCUUCUUGCAUGUUAAUGGGAUCUAUUUGCAAAGUAUUUUAAGACACCAACAUUUGUGUAAAAGCAAAUGUGAUUUCAAACAUGUUCCACUGACUCUGUUUUGUUUCAAGUUGGCUAAAAUGUAAUGACAGAAAUCAAUAACAUACAUUUAGAUCUGUAUUUGAUUUGGGCUUGGAACACACACAAAAAUAUAGCCUUUUACAUAUUUGAUGUAAAUUUCCUUGGCUGAAAACAAGA